GGCGGCGGGAGCGGCCGCGAUGGUGCCGGGAGAGGCAGCGCCCCCCGUGUCGGGGCCGCCGCGGGACUGCGCCGCCGCCGGCAAGCAGCGCGCCUUCGCCCGCAGGAAGGCCUUUUCCCUGUUCGUCAAAGCGAAGGAGGUACCGAGCGCGGCCCGGGGUCCCGCCGGCGGAGACGGCGCGCGGUGGCGGUGCUGCCGGCAGGCGUUCCAGGAGCUCUCCGGCAUCCACAGGCACGUGGCUCUGCAUCACGCCGCGGACAUCGGGCGGCAGGCGGGGCUGGGGGACCCGGGGCCGGCGGAUGCCGGGCGGCAGGCAGGGCUGGCUGCGAAGCAAGCAGCAGCGGGAGUCAGUCCCUCGAGCGGCCCGGCUUCUGCGGGCAAAGCAGAUGGACUAUAUGGGCGCUCCCGCAGCGGUCCUGAGAUCUCCUGUACGCUCCCAGACACAAGACACAUUAGCUGUGAUGAUCUGACAAGUAAGGUGGGAGAAGUACUUCUGUAUUACUGUUACUGUGAGGUGAAGGACCCAGAGAAACUCUGUGAUUGGCAAAAGGCUCUGUGCCAGCAUCUGCAUCUCACUGGGAAGGUACGAGUUGCUUCAGAAGGGAUUAAUGGGACAGUUGGUGGAAGCAAAGUAGCUACCAGUCUCUACAUUGAAGUUAUGCUUGCCCAGCCUCUUUUCAAAGACAUUUUGUGUCAAGAAGAUUUCAAGAGCAGUGCAGGAGGAGCUCACUGUUUCCCAGACCUUCGAGUUGGAGUUUUCAAGGAAAUCGUACCUAUGGGCAUUGAUCCAAAGAUUGUGUCUUAUAAAGAAACUGGAAUCCAUUUAUCCCCUCAGGAAUUUCAUAGAGAAGUAGAACAGUAUUUGUCUCAGGCCAGUCAAGGACAAAGCGAUACCAUCUUACUGGACUGUAGGAACUUCUAUGAAAGUAAAAUAGGACAUUUCCAGGGCUGUCUGGCUCCAGAUAUCAGGAAGUUCAGCUACUUUCCCAGCUAUGUAGAUGAAAACCUGGCACUUUUUAAAGACAAACGUGUCCUGAUGUACUGCACAGGAGGGAUUCGUUGUGAAAGAGGCUCUGCUUACCUACGGAGCAAGGCAGUGUGCAGAGAGGUUUACCAGCUAAAAGGUGGAAUUCACAAGUACCUGGAAGAGUUUCCAGAUGGAUUCUACAGGGGGAAGCUGUUUGUAUUUGAUGAUCGUUACGCCAUUUGUUCCAAUGAAGAUAUCAUCUCAGCAUGUAGAUACUGUGGGACACUGUGGGACCAGUAUAAACUUUGUUCGAGCCAGCACUGCCGGCAGCUUGUCCUGACAUGUCCAAGCUGUCGCAACAAAGGUCUCACAGCUUGCUGUCCUGUUUGUCAAGAUAAAGAGCUCAAGGUGACUUCAAGGGCUUCAGGACAGACACUUAAGGAGGAGUGUGAAUGUACAAGGAGACGGCCAAGGGUACCCAUUGAACAUAUCUCACAAAGGAUGCUGGAUGCAGGAAAAGAAUAAGCUGUUUCUUUAGCUAAUCUGACAGUGUGCUAAAUGCCAAGGGCUUCUAAAACCAGAUGGUUAUGGUUAGAAGGGACUUUAAAGAUCAUCUAGUUGCAAGCCCCCUGUCCCAUGGGCAGGGACACCUUCCACUAGGCCAGGUUGCUCAAAGCCCCGAUGGGAAUCUGUUACCCAGUUAGGUUGGAAAUCAUCAAAAUGUGUUGGCAUGGAAAAUCUUGUUCAAAUGCUGCCUUUAAGCCUAGAUUGUACCCUGAAACUCAUACAUUACUUGAUUUUAAGCUACCGGAGUGCCCAACCCACCACCAGCAUUACAAGAUUCUUCUCCCUGGAUAGUCUUGUAGCAUAGCUUCUACUACAGGAAUUCUGGAGCAGAGUAUGUGAGAUGGGGGCUGCACACCUGCACACAAUUCAAAAGAAACUGAAGAGAGACAGGAACAAUUUACAUACUUUUCCUUCUGGUGGAGAUGGAUCUUUCUGACCUUUUCCCUUGAUCAUGCAUUUGCUUCAAUAGCUCGUGCCAGGGUGUUAGAACAGCAGAUGGAUCAGUUGCGUGUGAGUACGUGACUGGAUCUGAGCUGAAGAUAUUUUCCAUGCAUACGCCAUCUGCCUGCAUUGCUUGUAUUAUGUACCAGAGAGACGCAAGGGGUAGUUACCUUAAGUCACUGACUUGACUCCUGUGAAAAGCUGGCUGAAGGCAGCAUAAGGACCCCUCUUGUAACUGGAGCAAAGGCUCACAGAUACUGUCUUCCCAGCUGUAUUUGUGUGUGACCUGUAGGAUGAAUGGCAGAAGUGAUCCUCAUUCCAAUGCUCUGUCUCCCCAGGAACUGUUAUUUCCCUCUACUUGUCAGUACAGAAAUAUCCAGGGCUCAGCUCUGCUUGCAUUAGAAAAAAAAUGACAUUUGGAAGCAUGUUGAAACUGAGACACACAGAGUGAAGCAGAGAGACUGUCAAAAUAGCAGCAUUAUGGCACUGGAAGUGAUGCUGACAUGUGUGCGUAAGUGUUAGCAUAAAUGCCAUAAGGAGACUGCAAGAUCCUUUACCCCAGUUAAAUAAUUUGAGAUUUGGGGAGCAUUUGUGCUUUGUAAACAUAGGUUGAGGUUUAAAGCUGAGAGAUGUUUAUACAAUUUGCAGCUCCCAUUAGUGAAGAAAUUGUCUUUCUUUGAAUUUGAAGGGAUCCACAGCAACGAGCUCAAAAUACUUUUCUGCCUGCUGCUUCAUGUGCCUGAUGCUGAAGAAUGUACAGAAAGGUUUUAUUAAUAGAGUAGAUUAUGUGUCUUGACUCAAAAAAUGUCUCUGAAACUUACUGUCACUCUUGGUACUAAAUAGUAGUUAGUCGCUAGGAAAUCAAAAUCACUCAUUGAUUUGUUGGGGUUUUUUUACUGGCAACUGCUCUUAAAAGCAAGAGAAUGGUUCACUCAGGUUUCUGCAGUUGCUUGACAACAGUUAGGGUGAUGUUAUUUUCAUAUAGAUUGUAACUUUCUCCCACAGUGCUCAGCAAGGCCUGAUUUUUGGCAUGACCAGCAACUAAAAGAUACGGGCAUUGGUUGCAUUAAAGCCAUGGCAAGCAUUUCUUUUUGCUUCCAGUAUUACCACUGAGAAAACAGUUCAGCAACUGUCCUUAUGAUGGUUGCUUUCAUAGAGGAAAACUUUGAAACUUAUUAAUAUCUCCUUUGGGAAUCUUUCUAGAAUGGUAUUUAGUAGUAAAUCUGUGCAUGGUCUGUACUGGAGAAGAAACUGGAAAGUUCGCGUUAGUAGACACCUUCAGCAGAAGCUUGAGCAAUACCUGUGGUCACUUGGCAUCUCGCCUCUCAGGCUUUGCUGGCCAGUUAACCUCUCUGCUUUUGGGGACUGGAAUAUUUGUAGAAAAACGUGUGAGCUCUACUUGGUCUACAGCACUGAUCGUCUACAGCUCACAUGUUAUGCUCUCUCAGUCCAUCAGCAAGUCUGGAACGCUUGGCAUGUAUUUGUUAGAAGGUUGCUCCUAUAUCACGUAUCAGUACAAAAUGGCAACAGAGCUAUAUUUUAUAUAUAAACUUCUGAAACUGAUGAUUGUAACUAACUUCUAGUGCUUCCAUUUUAAUUUUUAAAGUACUGCAUACAUACACUUCAUCUGUUAGGCUAGAGAUGCUUAAUUCUGCAGAGGUAAAUGAUGAAACCUAGCUAUCUGUCUACCAAGUGGCAGAUCUGGCUACAAGGUACUAUUCUUCUGAGAGCUCCUGGCAGCUAGAGGUUCUAUCUUAAAGGCAGAGAAAUGCCAUGGGACCACUUCUGGUCCUUGCUGCCCUGAGGCAAAGGAGGAGAAGAGUUUGAGGUAUACAGAUGGAAGCCCAUAAAGCCAAGUUCCCUCUGCUACAGAGAGAGGAGGGUAAAACAUCCCUAGCGUCCUUCUUGUAGCUUCUGCAUCCUGUCUCCUGUAUGAGUUUUGUCAGGUUAAUGUAAACAAGAACUUGCCAUAUGAAGUGCUGUGUGGUGAUACCCAGACAGCCCAGUGGUGAUACCUAAGAGAGGUACAUUAGCUCCAGGAGAGGAGAGAGUUAAGCAGGAUUGUGUCUGCCAGACUCUGCCCUAGGCAGAUGGCUUUUCCCCUCCCCCCUUUUCCUGGAGUGCUGCUGGUGAUCCCUUUGCUCCUAAAUAUCACCAUUUUGUAUCUCCAUCGCUGCACAGCUUGAUUCGUUUUACCACAAAGCCUGAUGCCUCUCAUCACAGCUUUUUUUCUGCUGCACAGCUCUUAUAUGCAUUUUUCACCAAAGUGACUCUGUAAGGAUCAACUGAGGAACGUGCAGUGAUCCUAACACCUUAAUACAGGUUGGGGCUGCAUGGUUAAUUUGGAUGGUGCUACACAGGACAAGGUUCCUGUUUUUUUUUUUUUCCCUUUUUUUGUUUAAAGGUCUGCUUUCUUUCCUUUGGGAAAAAUUGCUGUUGUAUCUGUGGUAGCACUCCCUGCUCUGCAGAUGCAUCUCCUUGCCUGUCUGUGUUUCCCAGCACCAUCAGGAUUUCCCAGGAUAAGAUUAAUUUAUGUUCUUCUGAAGCCAAUGGAAGAGCUGAGCCCAUACCAUGCAAAUCUGAGUGGAUGGCUCAGCUGAAACCACGUGGCUGUGGCUGGAUGAUUUAGUUGACCAUUUUUGAAGCUGUUGCAGUGCAUGUGGAAGAAAAGAGGCUGUCUGACAGUUAGGGUUUGCUUUUUCAAAUGUGUUUUCAAGCAUUUUUUCUUGGUAUUCUUUUCAUUUUCUGAUACGAAACAGGCGGAAGAAUGAGCCAUAGUGAUUUUAUUUGACACCACUGGGACAUUUAUUAAGAUUUAAAGAGCAACAAAUAUGUCCCCCACACUGCUGAAUGUAUACUGUUUGUCUGCCUUGUUGGUCAGAGCUAAAUUGUGGGUGGCAUUUGCACACAAGCUCUGAGCAAAUCUGUGGGGCUUCUGGAAAACAAGUAAAAGACUGCAAAACUUGACCCUUAGCAGACACAUGCAGAGAGAUUCCUUGCAAGUGAGGACAUUUUCUAGGUCAGACAAAGAAUGAAGCUUUAGCACAGCAAUGCUUCUGCCAGGAGACUUCCUACCGAGCAGGAUCCCCGCCCCCACAGGCUCCCACCCACGCUCCUAGCAGGAGUUUUGGAUGGGAUAGUGCUGGGUCCCAGUCCACUUUGUGUCUGGAAGCUACCCAGCCUGUGGGGAAUACCUCUCGGGCUAGACAUGGGCAGUUGACUGCCUGACAGAAUGAUGUGAGCCUGUGUGAGGUGAAAGUUCAGGGCUGGGGUAUUUUACUUAACAGCUUUUCUAGGGCACAACUUUGAGUGUUGUAUUUAUGCAGACAUUUUAGGGGUGGCACUAAAAGACACAAGCCCUUAGCAGAAAAAAGAUUGGAAUUAGUGGACAUGGUCAUCUAGCCAAAACAGUGAAGACAGAUAAUCUGGUGUGUUCCCAGUGAAUAUCUGGAAACGCUAGGAAGCUGAAGGGUGUGGGGGGACUAGAAGAGAGGUCUCUGGUUUACUGAUUAGUUAGGCCACCUCUGCACGGUUAGGAUUUGCCUCUGGAGGUGACUGUUCUCUUCAGAAAUGCGUGGGAUAAGAUGAUAUUAACCCAUCCUGAACUGCUCAAUUUUUGAAACUGUCUCAUAAUUGGUGGCCUUAAAUUCCAUUUAAUCAGGGGGUGGAGAUAAUUUUUUUUUAUUCUAAGAGACACAGGGAUGCAUUGAAAAAGCAUAUCUAAGUUACUGACUCAGCAAAAAUGUCAGUAGAAAAUUGUAAUUCACAGUUCUUGAAAUUAGCCAUAUCUUCAGAUAGUAGAAGUACUUGUUAAAGUGGUUGCUUCUCUGUAGCUACUUGAGAUCAAUUUGGGGAAAAAAAAUAAAGUAUUUUUUUAAUACUUGUAUAAUUUGUGUGGAACAGUUGUAUCACUCAUGCAUACCACAUCCUAACUGUAUCAAACACCGUGCGGGAAGUUUACAGAAAAAUUAGGUCCCAGGUUAAUAAAGAGUCAUUUUCACACUGGGACAUACUCUAAACUGAGAUUGCAUAAAUUUGUCUUGAAUAGUUUCCAGCUCUACAGAAAAACAUGAACAGUCCUACUGCAUAAAAUCUUCAACUACAGCCACGAGUUAAUUUAAACUGUUAGUGCAUAAACCAGAACCGAGGCACCACAAAUACUCUGUCAAGGCACUUAUUGCCUUUAGAUUUCCACAGUGUAGCACAGACCACCGGGAACGACCUCCAUGGCCAGGGACUAGACUCCAGUUCUGCACUUGGGAAAAAUAGGCCCAUUCA